AUGCACUGCCCCUCGUCCACCGCUACACUCACGCCUGCUGUCGCGAGAAGCUCCAACUUACAGCACUACCGCGCCCUGCUGCAAGUCUUGGCUUAUGCUAGUCAACGGGAGCAGACAGCAGAACAAGUGAUCCGCGACGCCAUGGUUGGAGGCGUGGUGGUGCCCUUCAUAGUAACGCACAACACGAAUCCAGCGGCGGUGGCGAUGAGUACAGGAGAUGUGGCGUGCAGCACUCCCCUGGAUGUCUCAAUAAGUGGUGACAGCCUGUCCCGCGAGGAGGUCAGCCUCACCACGCUGCUGCUGCCUUCCUCCAAGUUUAUCGGAACCACAGCAUCGCUUCUUGCGGAUGGCUUCUUCUGCUUUGCUCCGCUUUCCUCGACGGUAGAAAACUCACGAACCACCCCUUAUCAGCAUCGCUCCGAGUGCCAGGUCCGCGACCUCUUCACAUUGAUCAUGCUGCUGUUUCCGGAAUGCUUCGCCGCCGAAAUACCUCCACGUACACUUCUGGCGAUGCGGGACGCGGAGUGGUCGGCCUCGCAGGUGCAGUCGAGCAACCACGCAGAGAGCGAGGUUCAGCACCCGAGUCCUGUUUUGAGGAGAAGCACGCCUACCUCACCCCUGCCGUCCAUACUGCCGCGUGGCCAGUGCACUCCGUCGACGCAGCGCGUCCACACAAGCGUGAGUGAUGGACGGGGUAUCGUAGUGGAUGCAGAGUCGCUGCCGCAUAGUGUGACUGACGUGUCACUUGGUGGUAUCCGAACAGCACCGCUAGAGGGGCUACCACAAUUACUCUCCCCCGUCAAACUUGCCCUCAACGACAUGGGGGCCAGCGACGGGGAGGGCUUGGGAGGUACCACCGCGAACGCCUCUGUGAUGACCAACAUGAUAGCCCUGCCAGUCGUGAACCCAGUGCUGCUCACAGUCGACGUGCUCGACGUUCUCCUGGAAUCGAGACGGUCUUUGGCGGUUGUGUUGCUCUCCCUGAUAAACGAUGCGCUGCGUGAAGUGCAGUACCGACAGCUCGAGCAGUCACACGCAGCAUCACCAAUGACAAAGGUCACGACAGCUGCACGACACCCAUCGUGUGAGGCUGGUGUGUUGCAGUUCUCUGCAGAGGUACUCCUGACGGCGAAGAUGCUGCUCAUGUCUGUGAUCUCUGCGUCCGCAAUGUGGCGGCAGAGAGUCUCCAAGGCAAUGGAAAUCCGUAAAGCAGCGCUUCAAGGCGCUGCGCCUCCCCCGCCGCCUCUGUUAUCUCCGUUUAGCGUGUUGAGUGAACUGCUGGGCGAGAAGACUGAAGGCACAUCACCUUUCUUAACCCUGCCGGUAGAACAGUGGAUCUGGGGCAAGGAGAAGGACGCGCUUGAGCAAUGGAACGACCGGCUUCUUGAUCGACUUCUAAUGGCCACAGAUGCCGCUGGGGUGCGACUUGAUGCGUACUUGAACAGCGCCAAAUCGACUGCAGUGAGUAGCGGACGCAGCGUCUCGUAUUUUCCCACCCUUCUCCUGCACCGGCCGUCUGACGGGCAACCGGCUGUGGAGCUGAGUCUUGCUUCUGUGUCUCGAUUAAGUGACACCGUGCGGCUACCUUCACUACCUAUUCAAGAGGGUGAGCUGCACCUUCUACUGUGCCCAAGUGUCUUGGAAAAUAAGACUGGUAUGUUGCGGGUGCGUGGGUGCGAACUUCUCUUGGAUACAACGGCGUCACCGACUGCGGACUUUUUUCAGGCAUGCGCGUCCUCGGCGUGCAGUGAAGCGCAGCUGCAGCCAUCCGGUGACGCGGUUCCGUGGCUGUUUCGUCGCCGACUCACAGACCUCUCAUCUACUGAGCAGGGCAUCGUUGUCGCUGCGUUGAGUGAUCCUGCGACAAUAUCUGUGGUGUUAGAAAAGAAUGCCGCUAUGCUUGCGCGGCUCACGUUGUGGUGCCGCGACCGCUGGCCGCCGCUAUCAGACGCCUCGGCUGUGCGGCCAAGCACAGCGAACCUGUCAAAUGCCAUUACGAACGAGAACGGUGGUCCGAAAGCGGUGUACUCGAUUGGUGAUCAAGUCGAGCAGCACAUCCUCUUUGAGCGCCCAUUCAGUGCUGCAGUGGGGCGGUAUGUACGAGAGCUGGUCACACUGAGAGGACUGAGUAAAGAUGUGCUUGAGGCGUGGAUGCGGCAUGUAUGCCGAGGUCCUGUUGUUACACCAGGUGCUGCCGUCGACAGCACUGUUCCACCACCGCAUCGUGCCAUGUUCGCAGCUUUGGUGAAGUUUGCAGUGCUGCACAAUCGGUGGCGCCUCAAUCCAGAGGUGGAGGCUCUGGAGAAGGAGUAUGUCAUGUAG